CUCAGUUCAGUUGCUCGUGGGUGAAGGUGAGCACGUCUUUGCAGGUGUUUCCUCCAGCCGCUUCUCGGUGUGGCCCGCCUCUGCCGCCGACCUGCCACUGCCGCCUGCCUCCUCCCACGGGCACAGUGCCGACACGCAGGCACUGACGAGCCUCCGGUGUGGCAGUGACGUACAGUGGCAGGCGGACGGUGACAGUUGUGUGCUCGUUGGCGGUGAAAAGACUGGAGGAGUGUAGGCCUAUAAGUGAAGCAGAGAGGACGGACUGCGUUGUGUGUGCGCGUGCGUGUGCUCGGAGGAACUGCUGGAAACACACCCACACCUACACAACACACUCAAACGGAUGUCUACACGUGACAUUAGUGCAAUAAGUUGUCAUCGGGAAAAUCAAACACCGAGUUACAGAACUGCGGAAGAUUUUUGUAUACGAAGAAAACGGGAUGACGGAAUUAAGUAUAGAAAACCUGUGACCUGUAUAUGUAUCUCUACGCCUGUUUGUGUACCUGUGUAUGUGCGUGUGCGUGGCCGCGUCUAUGCAAGUGAAGCUAUGCAGUAGUGUGUAAGGGUCCUGGACUGCCUCACCCACCCUUACACCCCUUCACACCCUCGCCCCGCCCCACUCACUCCACCACCGCCCACUCGCCGUGUUUAUGGCCCACACACCUGAAGCCUUCCCCACCCACAGGGCGGAGUGUGAUGGCCGGGCCAGGGUCAUGUGAGGGCGUGCUGCUCCUGGUGCUGGCGCCUUGGGCUCUGACCCCUUCCCUCCCCUCUACCCUGUCCCCGUCUCUGCACCCUCUUCAUCCCUUGCCCCGCCCCGCCGCCCCUUGCUGUACCUGCUCCGGGGACACCAUCGGCGGCAGCGACGCGCCCCUCUUCAGCAAAGUGUCACCGCGGCCCGCCCGGACUUUACCCGCUGCCCCCCGGGGCCACAAAGUGAACCCUAGUGAGAGUACUGACAUAAAUGUUGAACCUUUAUUAACACUAAACUUAGAUUAUGUGUGUGCGAAGUGUGACCCUCGAGUGCUUUAUUAAGUAGAUGAGUGAGUGUUGUGUGUCGCUGCGUGGCCUGUGUUGUGUUGACGAGAGUGUCAAGCCCGAGGCCUCAUGUCGGCGGUGGACGUAGUGAGUCGGCCGAUGCCGGCGGCGGGCAUGAGCGAGGGGGCCGCGGAGACGGGGGGCGCAGGAGACUCAGACCAAGAUGGCGAGUCGUCGCCUUAUGGCGGCGGGGCAGACAGUGCGGGGGCGGCGAGGAGCCCUUCCCACGCCGCCCCUACCCUGGCCCAUGGCGGUGUGGGCUUCUCUCCCCAGCACCAGAAGGACGCACUGAGCGUGGCCGUUGCCAAGGGCGGCUGUGUUGUGCAGGUGAGCUACGAGGGGCAGGAUGACACAGAGAGGGGCCUGGCGGGACAUUUUGGUGGCCUGGCCCCAAAUGGUAUAGACGAGAAACUCUGCGGCGCCUACGGCAAAAUCGUCUCCUCUAGUGAGAGCCUAUGUAACGGCGAGACGACGAGUGGAGGCGAGGAAAGCUGGCCCAGGCCGUGCAUGGUGGACGGCAGCACGCAAACGGGACCUGGGUGGGAAGAAGGUGCCCUGCUGGCGGCCAGGACCAGGAGAAAUCGUGGUCUAGAUGAGGCCGCUAAGAAAGACCAAGUGUUUGUCGCGGAGAAUAAGACUCAAGAUCAGGAGUCCCAGGUGGGGCAAAGCUUCCUCGAGGUCAACAGUUUGCUUACAUCAAAAAUACCCUUAGUUCAAAGGCGACAAAAACAAUCAAGCUCCGAUUACUCGUCUCUGUCUUCAUCUGACUCUCCACGGGUCAGCGACAUAAGUAACAGGAGUGACUCAGGCAACAGUCCUGGUAGCAGCAGCAGCAGCAGCAGCACCAACGGGGCUUCCACUAAAUCCAGGGAAUAUAAGUUUAAAAAAGCCUCCACCUGUGGCGAGUUGAGCCCCAUCGCGUCAUGCGGCGGUGACUCAAGCGUCCCCGCAGGGCUGAGCGUGGCCAUUGGCCUCUCCCCUGACCCCAGCAUGAAGGACCUGGGCGGCCGCAGCCCUUGUACGCCCACCAGCGGCUGCCUCAAGGCGGGCACGAGGGCACCCAGCGGAGCGCACGUCCAGUUCCACACGCCGUACGACGAGGAGGAAGAACAGCGGCUGCUGCACGACACGCUGGUUACACAGGGCGGCCAGGUGACACUGCGCAAACUUCCGUGCGGGGCCUCCACCCCAAGCAGUGGGGACCAGCUGCCGCGCCUCUGGACCAAGCUGCCCGAUACCUCCCCGUCGGACGUUGCCUCUAGUCUUUCAUUUUCUAAGAAGUGGCGGGGUCGCCACAUCUCCGGCUCUAGCAGUCUCAGCCUCGGCUCCAGUUCGAGCAGCUCCGGCAACUCCGGCGCCACGGAGCUGGAGAGACGCGCACCGGACGGGGGUUGGGGCUGGGUGAUCGUGGCCGCGUCCUUCAUGGUGCACUGCAUCGCUGACGGUAUCACUAUGUCCUUUGGCGUGCUCUUUGUGGAGCUGCUCAGCUACUUUCAGGAGGGGAAGUCUCUCACGUCUUGGGUGGGGAGCCUGUUCAUGGCUAUCCCCCUCCUGGCGGGGCCACUCGCAUCCAUCCUCACCGACCGCUACGGCUGCCAGACGGUCACCAUCAUUGGGGCGGUGGUGGCCUCGUUCGGCUUCUUCAUCAGUGCCUUCGUCAAUACGAUUCCUCUGCUGCUGCUGACGGUGGGUGUGAUCACGGGCCUCGGGCUGGCGGUGUGCUACGUGGCCGCCAUCGUUAUUGUUGCAUUUUACUUCGAGAAGAAGCGUUCUCUGGCCACGGGCAUCGCGGUGGCAGGGAGCGGCAUCGGCACCUUCCUGUUCGCGCCGCUAAUCCAGUACCUAAUGGACAACUGGGGCUGGCGGCUGUCCUUCAUCUUGCUGGCGGGAGUGCUGCUCAACAUGGUGGUGUGCGGCGCCCUCAUGCGGGACCUUGAGUGGACGCCGCGUGACUCCUCCUCCAAUCACCGCCACACCCGCUCCACUCCGGCCCCCAGCAGCCACCGGGGCUCCACCUCCCAAUCUUCUGAGACGGUAGGGGGACGCGGAGGCCACCUGGCGUUGCCCUCGCUGGACGAGCUGCGGCGGCUGGUGCAGUCCGGGGACGUGGCGGCAUUGCUCUCCCCCGAGGAACACCCCGCCGACACACUGCGCGGUUCGGCUUCGAUGGUGCUGCUGCCAACCUUCCUCAGCCGCUCCCAAACGCUGCCGCCUGAUGUCUUGCCCUGCCUGUCCUCCCGUACUAACGCCUACGAGGUGGUGUCCCAGAUGUACCCACACCUGCUGUCCCACUCCCUCUCGAGCACCCUGGAGCAGGUGUUGCCGCAGGGGGAGAAGGCUCAGAAGUCGACAACUCAAAAGGGGACGUCUGACUACGCAUCCACCACCAUCACCAGCAUCGGCUCCUCAGGGGGAUGCAUCCUCGACACCAGGACGUCACCGCCUGAAGCACCGAAGUGUCACCCAUCAGACACCGACGACACCACGCCCGGUUCCGUGCCGCCGCCCGCCGAUCCCUGCAACACCCGACACGAGAAGAAGCUCGACAUUCAGUUGGGCAUUUCCUUGGAGGAUGAUGGUGACGAGGCCGACAAUGAGGAGGAGAACGAAGACCCGCAGGAGCUGUCGGCGAUGCUAGGAGGGACUCGUCCCCUCAAGGGUCCGCGGCAGCCCGGCGCACGGAGGAUAUCCUCGGGCUGCAUGGGCGCCAGCUCCCCCCCACCUCCCGCCGCGCCCCUCCGGAACAUGAGGAUCAACAGGCAGUCCAUGACAUACCGCGGGGCUAUGCUCAAUAUUCAGCGCUACCGCCUGCGGGCCUCCUCCUGCCCAGACAUCUACCGCAACUCCAUCAUCACCAUCGCCAAAGCACAGGAUGAGGCUGACUGGACAUACCUGGACGAUAUGGGUGAAAUGCUCACGGCCUGUGUGGACGUCACCUACUGCAUGGAUACCUCGUACCUGGUGUUUGCAAUGUCCAACUUUGUGCUGUAUGUCUUCUAUGACACUGUGUACAUGUACCUGACGGACUACGCACAGGGUGUGGGCGUGUCAGCCGACGACAGUGCCAACCUUAUAUCCGUCAUCGGCAUCCUGAACUGUUUUGGAAUGGUGGUGAUGGGGUACGUAGGUGACCGGCCAUGGUCCUCUCCAAUACUGAUCUACAACAUCUCCAUGGUAGUGUGUGGCCUCAGUGUGCUGGUCAUGCCCUUCAUCACAAACUACUGGCUCAUAGCAGUGGCAGCGGCUGUCUUUGGUGUUUUUAUAUCGGCCAAUUACGCCUUAACCUCAGUGAUUGUGGUGGAGUUGGUGAGUCUGGAGGCGUUCAGCAAGGCGUACGGGCUGCUGCUGCUCAUCCAGGGCGUGGCCAACCUCAUUGGUCCACCUCUCGUAGGGUUCAUCGCAGACACGACUGGUGACUACGUGAUGCCCUUUGUGGUGUCGGGUCUUUUCAUUGUGUUCUGCGGGCUCAUCCUCAACUUCAUCCCUCUCAUCAAGCGCUGCCAGGGACAGUACGCCUCCUCCACCUCCUCCCCUGUCGGCACCCCCAAGGAUGGCUCACCCACACCCACGCCACUUCACAACUUCAAAAAGAAGCCAAGGCCGAUACAAUUGUGAUGCAGGUUGAGUAGUGGUCUUCCUGAGAGGUGGCGAGGCAGUGGCUGUGUCAACACUGCUAAGGGUAAUGACAGUGCCGACACUAAUAAGAGUAAUGAACAUGUCGGUGCGGAUAAGGGUCGGCCUGGUAAGGAAGGAGAGGUGAGGGAAGACGGGAGGCUCACUAGUGAUCUUCAUCUGACAACCUCUGAUUAUAUUUAGGGUGUAACUACAACAAAGCUGUACAAAUACUGUAAUCAGGAUCCCCUUCAGAUUUUGGGCUCACAAGUGUGUUUGUGUAUUGCAUGGAGAGUAAACUGAAUUUUCUAUCAUAUAAAUAAUAAUUUUUCAGCAUGCUCAUUCCUAUUCCAUCUGUUGAUACAUUCAUAUUUAUAAGAAUGUUUUCAUUUAGGAGAUAAGCAUUUCUUAAAAUAUACAGUCAUACAGCUGUCUUCUCUUGGCUCAACUCUGAAUGCCAUAUAGAAAUUUAAGUAGGAAAAUAUACUUUUAAGAAUUUCCGCUAUUAGUAAAGACGAGGUUUUGACGAAGCUUUGUGCAUAUUUUGGAGGGCUGGUGAUCAUGGUGGUGCUGGGGCUGUGAGUGGCUUGGCCAGGCCUGGUGAGGCUCCUCCCUGCAGGCACCACCGCCCAGCUGUGCUGCGUGUGUUUCCCCUCGCAGCAAACACAACAUUGUGAUCAUAUUUUUACAUUAUGUGUCAUUGUUUUUUGGUGAUGUUUUGUUCAAAAAUUUUCCAAAUAUACACAAAGGAACUAUCUUCUGUUUGAAAUGGCAUUUGCACAUAUGGGCAUAUGGGAAACAAGACUUAUAGUACAGUAUUUAAAAUCACAUUGAAAUGUAACAUUCCAUACACCAAAUUACUAUGGGAAAGUUAUGAAUUGUCCUUUGAAAUAUUUUCUUAAUUAAUACCACAUUGACUAUUUCUUUAUCAAUCAAUAGUCACAUAAACUGCCAUGUUCUCUACAUUUUUUAUUCUGUUGGAAUAGAAAUUAUGUCCCUCAAGUGCUUUACAAUGAAUGUUAUUGGGUUAUCAAGUGACACGCACUGUGGCAGCUGUCAUGUUUACCAUCAUGCAUGGACAGAGCCUUGGCCAGUGUUCUUGUGCACUCUUUGAGUGGUGAAGGGAAUGGUCAUGGGUCAAGGCAACCUGUGCUCAGACUCUGUCCAACUUUCUAGACUGACGGCUGCCCCAGUUCCUCCUAAUUUGUCUUUGUCGUCACCCGAGAUCGUGUAACUCAGAGCUUCUAGGAGACUCGUGAAGAUCCUGCUUGGAUUUAUGACCAGUCUUUGUGAUUUAAAAAUUAAAAUAUAGAUAUGUAGCCUAUACUUCAGGAAUGUUUAAUCUAAUAAACAACAUACACUUUGUAUUAAGGAAGACUGUACAACUUUUAAUGGUAUCCAUUUAUAUAUUUGAAUACUUUGGUUCAGUGAUCUGCUGAUGUUAAAUUCACGAUUAGUUUGGAGAUUCUCUUCAUUUGCGUGGAUUCCGUUUAUCUUGUAUUGUUGGAGUCCCGCUUUAUUUCAGUGUGCUUAUACACAAACUAUUUUUAUAUAUUUUCUUUUUUUUGUAAAUAAGAGGUAAAUAGUAUAUUUAAACAAAUUAAAUCAGUGACUGUACAUUUGUUUGUGUAAAAUGGAAUCUUUCUUUUUCCUCACACACACACACACACACACACACACACACACACACACACACACACACACACACACACACACACACACUCAAGCCUAUUGUGUCCUCCUGCUCUCAAGGACUGUGGCAGCUACUUUUGCUUGGUAGUGACGGCAGCAGUGUCAGCAGUGGUGGUGGAGGAGGAGUAGAGGGAGUGUCUGGGUGUCACAGAUGCCCGAGUCAUGUGUCACUUGUAGUCAUAAUUAAAUAUAAGUGAAGUAUACAGCUUAUGUAUUAAUAUAGCAUGAUCAACAGACUCUCUUGCAAUAUCAAACUAUGCAUUACUAUAAAGAUACUUCAAAAGCUUUUUUGUGUGUAAAGUUAAAUCCUGUAGAGGAGAAUUCUAGAUAAUCAUUGUAUAUAGAAUGUAGAUAAGAAAUAAUCAAAGACUGUACAGGAUAGGCUAUACAGUGUAAGUGAAUUUUCCAGUCACUGAUGUUCGUGAAUGAAGUACAGAAUAGAUCACACUUUUAGCCUCUUCCAUUUAGCGUAACCCAUUUCUGGGUCGUGAUCUGUAGAGUCCCUUGACAGAUAGAGUCCCGACAACCUAAGAUUUGGACGCCAUUAUUGGUCCUGUUUUCACCACGAGAGCAUGUGCUAGCGUUUGAAAAGCACGGCGAAAACAGGCCCAACAAUGGCGUCCAAAUCUUAGAUAGUCGGGACUCUAUAAGGGACUACAGAUCACGACCCAAAAACAGGUUACGCUAAAUGGAAGACGCUAUUUAUAGACUACGUUAGAUGUGACAUAGUAAGUCAUUUUUCCAUGCAUCCCAUUAAAAUAACUAAAGAAAAAUAAUUAUAUUUUUCACAGUAUUAACAAAAUCCACUAAAUACAAUUAAGAUUCAUAAUUUUAUGUUUCAUGUAAAAAUGUACAUAGGAGGGUGUUGUGGACAUGGUGUUGGAAGCAGCAGGUCAAUGUGUGCUUCAGGCCGGGCCUCCUGACGUAUUACCCCUGGCUUGUCAAACAGAAUGAAGGGCUGCUUUUUUCCUUUUUUUUUCCUACGUGAACGCCUAUUGUACCGGUAGGCUUGCUUGAGGGGCCUAGAUGGUAGUCCGCCCCAGCCCGUCAUGGCGCAGGCAAGUGUUUAUAGUGGUGCCAUCUUCUCUUCUCACUACCAGCUUAGUCCUUGAACACCAGCUCCAGCUAUAUGGACAUGCCCUCCUGGACGUUGAUCCCACUCACAGGGUUGUUCCUGUACGAGACAAUCCUGAGUGAGAGACCAAAGGGAUGCCCACAUAACCCAUAGCUGGGGCAAGUCGACUGAUCCUUGGAAGGGGCUAGAAUGGGAAGGGCAGCUGCAUGGAGCGACAUGAAGCGACGCAUCUCCUGGCAUAUGCUCCCCAUUAGUCAGUGAGUCCAGGUCACUAGGGCAGCUGGGAGGAGCCUCGUUUAUUGACUGAAGAGCUAAUGAGACCAUUCCAGAAUUCAGUAUUGGCUGGGAAGGAAUGUUUUGAUGUUAGAAAUAUGUAUUUUGUUUUGCUGUGAUUUUGGUGGAAUAAACCAUCAUAUAUUUACUUUUUGUGGAACUGUGAUGACCACAUUGUGUAUAUUAACCUGGUAGCAGCGAUCACAGGCCAAAUCUGUGGCUUUACCAUGUAGCAGCGACGGGCCAAAUUUGUGCCAUGAUAUAAACCCCCAAAAUAGAUGAUACAUAAUCUGAUCACAAAUGCUGUGAUAUAUAUUAUGAAAUGGUUUGUGUGAGGGGUGAUUUUUCUUAUUUUUCUCGCUUGGAGGGACCAUUAACCCUUUACUUGCGCGCAGUGUGGAUGCGACUAUCCCCUCAGGCGCAGUCGGGCAGCCCAAUUGGGGGUCUCUUUUAAUCUCUGUAUCUCAAAAACUAUUCAUCGCAGCUAAAAACCAAAAACACCAUUGGAAAGAGGAGGUCCAGAUCUAUAGGAGUCGGUUAUAUAUGCCUCUCUUGCGAAUGUACAUGCACGUUCAGGGAGUGUUGAAUGUUAACACUUACGUCGGUGCGUGCGUGAUGAUCAGCCAUGUUGAGGGAACUGUGGACAUUUUUUUCUUCAUUUUCUGGCAAGGGAGCAUUGCCAACUGCAAUAUUUACAACUAUUUGGUCAAAGAAUCAGUCGGUGAUCGGUGAAGCUAUGCAAAAAUGCCGCUAUAUUGGGCAAGAACAUCCACCAGUUACUCGUCCGUAGAUUUGCCGCGCUGGGCUGAUAUGAUUUUCCACCAAAUUUAGUGCAGAAUCCACUCAAUUGGCAAUCCUGUGUUGUGAGAAUCAGUGCUGGAACACACUCAUACGCGGGAGAUUUGAGUGCGGGUGGAGGUCGCAGCGGGCGUUUAGUGCCACCAGCAAAUACGCCUGCUGCAAGCGUUUAGCAAUGAAAGGGUUAAGAAACAUGAUCCCUGCUGCUACUGGGUUAAAUACUGGAGGAGUUCAGACCUGUGAUACCAUUAUGGUGUGUGAGGUGCUUGAUGGUGUAGUGGGUAGUGGUGUGGUGGUGGAUGAGGUGGGGAGAUGUUGUUAGCUAUACUUUUGAGGUAUCCUUCACAGUUCAAAAAAAUGUACCAGAGGAAUUAGUACCACAUUAUUGUCAGUGUACAAUUUUGAGUCGUAAUGAUACUUGGUGCAUGAACAUAUGUCAGGCUUUCUAAUAUGUAUGAAACUUCUGUUGUGGUCAUAUUGUACUCGUGUCAGUAACAGCUCUGUUUUCUUAUUUUCAAACCUGUAGGUCCUUACCCUGAAUAUCAUGGGAAAUAGGAUGAAUCAUGAUGGUAAUGGCGAUAAUCAAUAAUAUUUAAAAGCUUGGUAACUGUCACCAGAAACCUAUGAUGAAGAGUGCAACACCUAAUUUAAAACAAUCAACAUAUCAGGUUUCAUUAUUCUCCACAUGUGUAAUCAAGAGUGCUCUGUGAACUGUGAAAUUAUGUAUCAGUGCAUUUUAACUUGGUAGCAGCGACGGGCCAAAUUUGUGCCAUGAUUUAACCCCCCCAAACUAGAUGAUACAUAAACCGAUCACAAAUGCUUUGAUAUAUAUUAUGAAGUGGUUUGUGCGAGGGGUGAUUUUUUCUCAUUUUUCUCGCUUCGAGGGACCAUUAAGAAACGUGAUCCCCGCUGCUACCGGGUUAAGAGGAACUGUUCCUUUCUGCAUCAGUCUAAAAGUCACAAUAGUUAGCAGGAAUGCAUGUAAAAGGUGAAGUUAAAGAAUUGUGAAGAUAUGUCUGCAGGUAUUUUGUAACAUGAAGAUAUGUCUAUAAGUACUCUUCAUAUCGUCACCCUCAUAAAAUAAUCGUCUAAAUCAUUUUUCAUCGAUUUACAGGUUUUUGUCUACAACAAUUUUUCAUCAUGUGACAGCCAUUUUUGUAUAGUCGCCUUCAUCAUUCAGGGUUCGAGUGUUCUAGAAUUGGCCUUUUCGUUUCUGCCUAAAUCUUAAGCCAAAUGAGAUAAUGACAGUUCUUUUCUGAUUUCCUGAAAAGUAGAAAAUAAUGACUAAGGCGGUUUGUUUACCAAGGUGACGACAUGUUAGUUAUCACCAAAACUUGUGAUGGAUUAGACUGAUCAGCAAGGGCAUAGGCUCUGACCUGAUCCACCUUGGCAUGGCACUCUUGUUUCCUAUCUGAGUCCUCGUGCUCAACAGCCAUUUCUCCAACAUCUUCAUCACUACCUUCCUAUAUUUCCCAGCCUCUCUCCAUCCCUUCCCCUUUUCUCAUCACGCCUCCCCUACCUAACACACCUUGUCUUAAGUUAAUCCCUUACAAUGUCCAUCAUGAAAAACAAAGGUCUAGAAUCCCUGGUACCCAUGAAGCAGCCUGCCCUUUCACCACCCUGCCUACCCUGCCCCGGUGCCAUGCUGCUUCCCAACCAUCCCUGUCAGUCUUGUCAGUUUUGUAACGUAUAGGUCAGUACGUAAAAAAGUAAUCAAAUGUCUAUUUUCAAGCACAAUAUAUUGAAUGCAUACUUAUAUCAUGGUAACACUGAUUGGAAAAUAUGUUUGAACUUAGGUUAUUAUAUUAGUAGAUAUUUACUGUUGACAUGGCUCAAUCAAGUCCUGAGAGUUAUUGUUGUUGAGUUGCAGCAGAGUACAAGUUCCACAGGUUAAGUUGUGUUUCACUGUUGCUGUUGCCACUGCCUGCCUUUCAUCCUCACGAGACCUUGCUCACUCAGUGCGGGCGGCCGCCGUGCUCUCGCUGCCAUGUUGCACUUGUUUGCCUCAAGUACACACUUGUUUGUACGACUUCAACUUUGUGCUUUAUGUAACUUAGUAUAAUCACUUCAGGUUUAGGGCACUGGCACGUGAACCUUCUUGUGGAUGACACUAGUUCAUUGAAAUCUUCCAGUAUUUUCAUAUCUGAUGCUGUGCUGGCACCAUGCUGACACAGUGCACGAGGCAGUCACGGUUACAACUCGCUACGUUAUGUUACCUAAUCAGGAGGGUUGAGCCACCACAGUGUAAUGCCACCGUAAAGGCAAUCACUUCAUUGCCAUUGAAGGUUUGGUGUAAAGGUUUCAUUGUCCGGAUCUUCAGCCCCAGUUCCUCAAGUAGGUGUCAGUGCAGCUGCUGCUGAGGCAUAAUAUACAUCUCCAGGGAAGCAUUUGCAUUCGCCAUACCUCCAGUACUGAAAUGAGUAACCCAAUGCUCCAUCUGUACGUACACCACUUCUCUCCCAUAUGUAUAUAGAGUAAUCAAACAUGCGAGCCUCUAUGGCCACUUUAUAGUUCCAUGUAAGUUUUUAUCUAAUUCUAAUGUUCAAAUGCAAUAAAAGUAUUUCCUUGAA